AUGUCUUCGACUCAGGGCAGUGGGGAUCACUGGAAGUCACUGGAGUCUGUGGGCAUCAGCCGCAAAGAGCUGGCCAUGGCCGAAGCCCUGCAGAUGGAGUAUGAUGCUCUAUCCCAGCUUCGGCACGACAAGGAGGAAAGCAGAGCCAAGCAGAACACAGACCCCUGUCUCAUCAGCUGGGAUGAGCCCGUCCUAGACUUCUACAGCAAGCCAGCGGGAAGGCGGAAGGACCUCAAGCUCUUACGUGGUCUUUCUGGCUCUGACCCUACCCUCAAUUACAACUCGCUCUCCCCACAGGAAGGGCUGCCCAACCACUCUACCUCCCAGGGCUCCCAGCCUGGCCCAGAUCCCUGGCCCAAAGGCUCCCUGGCCGGAGACUAUCUCUACAUUUUUGAUGGUUCAGAUGGGGGGCUCUCUUUGUCCCCAGGACCGGGGGACACAGAUGACUCUUUUAAGAAACUGUCCCCACCUCCUCUGCCUCCCCGAGUCUCUAUCUGGGACACUCCUCCCCUGCCUCCCAGAAAGGGGUCCCCCUCAUCCUCCAAGAUCUCCCAGCCCAAUGACAUCAACACUUUUUCUUUGGUCGAACAACCUCCAGGCAAACUGCUGGGGCAUCGGCUCCUAGAAGAGGAAGAGGAGCUGGGAGGUGGCGGUCCAGGGCGCCUACUGGGGUCCAUGGACUACGACGGUAUCAAUGAUGCCAUUACACGGCUCAACUUGAAGUCAACCUAUGAUGCAGAGAUGCUGCGGGACGCCACCAGGGGCUGGAAGGAGGGCCGGGGACUCCUGAACUUUGGCAAGGACACUCCUGGAAAACCUGUGGCCCGGAGCAAGACCAUGCCCCCUCAGGUGCCCCCCCGCACCUACACCUCCCGCUAUGCCAACCGGAAAAAUGGGACACCUGGCAAGAACCUCCAGAUUUCUGCAGCUCCAGUGGGCUCCCGGCCCCAUGCCGUCGCCAAUGGCCAUGAGUUGUUUGAGGUCUCAGAGGAGAGAGAUGAGGAAGUUGCUGCGUUCUGCCACAUGCUGGAUAUCCUCCGAUCUGGCUCUGACAUCCAAGACUACUCCCUCACUGGGUAUGUCUGGAGCACUGUCACCCCAAGCCCGGAGCACCUCGGGGAUGAGGUUAACCUGAAGGUGACCGUGUUGUGUGACAGCCUGCGGGAGCCCCUCACUUUUACCUGCAACUGUUCCUCCACUGUAGACUUGCUCAUCUACCAGACCCUGUGCUAUACCCAUGAUGAACUGAGGGGUGUCGAUGUGGGUGACUUCGUGCUAAAGCCCUGUGGGCUGGAGGAAUUCCUGCAGAACAAGCACGCCCUGGGCAGCCACGAGUAUAUUCAGUACUGUCGAAAGUUUGACAUCGACAUUCGGCUACAGCUGAUGGAGCAGAAAGCUGUACGCGGUGACCUGGCCCGGACGGUGAAUGAUGACCAGAGCCCCUCCACCUUGAACUACCUCAUCCAUCUGCAAGAGAGGCCAGUGAAGCAGACCAUCAGCAGGCAGGCCCUGAGUCUUCUGUUUGACACUUACCACAAUGAGGUGGAUGCCUUCCUGUUGGCUGAUGGGGACUUUCCACUGAAGGCCGACAGGGUGGUACAGUCCGUCAAGGCCAUCUGCAAUGCCCUAGCCGCUGUGGAAACCCCUGAGAUCACCAACGCUCUCAACCAGCUGCCCCCCUGCCCUUCCCGAAUGAAGCCUAAAAUUCAGAAGGAUCCCACCGUCUUGGCUGUGAGGGAAAACCGAGAGAAGGUCGUGGAAGCCCUGACAGCUGCCAUCUUGGACCUGGUGGAGCUGUACUGCAACACGUUCAAUGCAGACUUCCAGACAGCAGUGCACGGAAGCCGCAAGCAUGAUCUGGUCCAGGAGGCCUGCCAUUUUUCUGGGCCCCUGGCCUUUACGGUCUAUGCCACCCACCGCAUCCCCAUCAUCUGGGCUACCAGCUAUGAAGAGUUCUACCUCUCCUGCUCCCUCAGCCAUGGCGGCAAGGAGUUGUGCAGCCCCCUGCAGACCCGAAGGGUUCACUUCUCCAAGUACCUCUUCCACCUCAUCAUCUGGGACCAGCAGAUCUGCUUCCCUGUGCAGGUGAACCGGUUGCCUCGGGAGACCCUGCUGUGUGCCACUCUCUAUGCUCUGCCCAUCCCCCCACCCGGGAGCUCCUCGGAGUCCAAUAAGCAGCGGCGGGUGCCCGAAGCCCUGGGCUGGGUCACUGCUCCGCUCUUCAACUUCAGGCAAGUCCUGACCUGUGGCCGGAAGCUUCUGGGCUUAUGGCCAGCAACACAGGAAAGCCCCAGUACCCGUUGGAGUGCACCUAAUUUCCAUCAGCCAGAUAGUGUCAUCCUGCAGAUUGACUUUCCCACCUCAGCCUUCGACAUCAAGUUCACCAGCCCCGCUGGAGACAAGUUCAGCCCCCGCUAUGAGUUUGGCAGCCUCCGGGAGGAAGACCAACACAUGCUUAAAAGCAUCAUGCAGAAGGAGUCCCUGUACUGGCUCACUGAUGCUGACAAAAAGAGCCUGUGGGAGAAGCGGUAUUACUGCCACUCGGAGGUGAGCUCACUCCCCCUGGUGCUCGCUAGCGCCCCCAGCUGGGAGUGGGCUUGCCUGCCCGACAUCUACGCUCUCCUGAAGCAGUGGACCCACAUGAACCACCAGGAUGCCCUGGGGCUCCUGCAUGCCACGUUCCCAGACCAGGAGGUGCGUCGUAUGGCCGUUCAGUGGAUUGGCUCCCUCUCUGAUGCUGAGCUGUUGGACUACUUGCCCCAGCUCGUGCAGGCCUUAAAGUAUGAGUGCUACCUGGACAGCCCCUUGGUGCGCUUCCUCCUGAAACGAGCUGUCUCUGACUUGAGAGUGACUCACUACUUCUUCUGGUUGCUGAAAGACGGCCUCAAGGACUCUCAGUUCAGCAUCCGCUACCAGUAUCUGCUGGCAGCCUUGCUGUGUUGCUGUGGCAAGGGGCUGAGAGAGGAGUUUAACCGCCAGUGCUGGCUUGUCAGUACCCUGGCCAAGCUGGCCCAGCAGGUCCGGGAGGCUGCCCCGUCUGCACGGCCGGGGAUUCUCCGCACGGGCCUGGAGGAGGUGGGGCAGUUUUUUGCCCUCCAUGGCUCCUGCCGCCUGCCGCUUAGCCCCAGUCUGCUGGUUAGGGGCAUCGUGCCCAGGGACUGUUCCUACUUCAACUCCAAUGCAGUCCCCCUCAAGCUCUCCUUCCAAAAUGUGGAUCCGCUGGGCGAGAACAUCCGUGUCAUCUUCAAGUGUGGGGACGACCUUCGCCAGGACAUGCUGACCCUGCAGAUGAUUCGCAUCAUGAGCAAGAUCUGGGUCCAGGAGGGGCUGGACAUGCGCAUGGUCCUCUUCCGCUGCUUCUCCACUGGCCGUGGGAGAGGGAUGGUAGAGAUGAUCCCCAACUCUGAGACCCUGCGCAAGAUCCAGGUGGAGCACGGGGUGACCGGCUCCUUCAAGGACCGGCCCCUAGCCGACUGGCUGCAGAAGCACAACCCUGGGGAGGACGAGUACGAGAAGGCGGUAGAGAACUUCAUCUAUUCUUGUGCUGGCUGCUGUGUGGCCACGUACGUCUUGGGCAUCUGUGACCGUCACAAUGACAACAUCAUGCUGAAGACGACUGGCCACAUGUUCCACAUAGAUUUUGGCCGUUUCCUGGGCCACGCCCAGAUGUUCGGGAACAUCAAGCGGGACCGUGCCCCCUUUGUCUUCACCUCGGACAUGGCGUAUGUCAUCAACGGGGGUGACAAGCCUUCCAGCCGCUUCCAUGAUUUUGUUGACCUUUGCUGCCAAGCCUACAACCUCAUUCGCAAGCACACCCACCUCUUCCUCAACCUUCUGGGCCUGAUGUUGUCCUGUGGGAUCCCUGAGCUCUCAGACCUAGAAGACCUCAAGUAUGUGUAUGAUGCCCUGAGGCCUCAGGACACAGAGGCCAAUGCAACUACCUACUUCACCAGGUUGAUUGAGUCCAGCCUCGGCAGUGUAGCCACAAAGCUCAAUUUUUUCAUUCAUAACCUGGCUCAGAUGAAGUUCACAGGCUCAGACGACCGGCUGACCCUUUCCUUUGCUCCCCGCACACACACUCUCAAGAGCUCUGGCCGCAUCACUGAUGUGUUUCUCUGCCGCCACGAGAAGAUCUUCCACCCCAACAAAGGCUACAUUUAUGUGAUAAAGGUGAUGCGAGAGAAUGCUCACGAGGCCACUUACAUCCAGAGGACAUUUGAGGAGUUCCAGGAAUUACACAAUAAGCUGCGGCUGCUCUUCCCUUCUUCCCUCCUGCCCAGCUUCCCUAGUCGCUUUGUGAUUGGCCGCUCACGGGGAGAGGCGAUGGCGGAGCGGCGGAGGGAGGAGUUAAAUGGCUACAUCUGGCACUUGAUCCACGCAGCCCCUGAGGUGGCCGAGUGUGAUUUGGUGUACACCUUCUUCCACCCCCUGUCCCGGGAUGAGAAGGCUGCGGGCACCAGCCUGGCUCCCAAGUCCUCAGAUGGCACAUGGGCCCGGCCGGUCGGGAAGGUUGGGGGAGAGGUGAAGCUGUCCAUCUCCUACAAAAACAACAAACUCUUCAUCAUGGUGAUGCAUAUUCGGGGCUUGCAACUGCUCCAGGAUGGGAAUGAUCCCGACCCCUAUGUCAAGAUUUACCUCCUUCCUGACCCUCAGAAAACCACUAAGAAGAAAACCAAAGUGGCCCGGAAAACCUGCAACCCCACCUACAAUGAGAUGCUGGUAUAUGAUGGAAUCCCCAAGGGAGACCUGCAGCAGCGGGAGCUACAGCUGAGUGUGCUGAGUGAGCAAGGAUUCUGGGAGAACGUUCUGCUGGGGGAGGUGCACAUCCGCCUGCGAGAGCUGGACCUGGCCCAGGAGAAGACCGGCUGGUUCGCACUGGGAUCUUGA